AAUGAAUCAAGGUAAGAAGCAUCACUUUUAAGAUAAAAAUAUUGAAAUCGUAUGGACAAUAACACAAGGUAUGUAUAAUUCAUUAAAAUAGAUUUGCCAUAGAAUAAUCAAAAAUAAAUUACAUAUGAAUUAAUCCAGGUUCAACCAAAUGAAAAUAUUGGGUAUGGGGAUGGUUAAGGAUAAAAAGUAAAACUUAGUAAUGGAUAAGAAUUCCCUUCUGGUCAAGAUUAACAAGGGUAAUAUAAUAUCUUUGUUGAUAAUGCUUGGGUGCCAUUAGAACAGAAAUUAGCAGAAUUUUAAUAAUAAAUCCAAUAAUAAAAAUAAACUAAUAAUGAACUAUUAUUAUAUGUUGAAGUAAAAGAUUAUGAGAAAUUCAAUGAAUAUAGAGGAUUUAUAACAGCUAAAGAUUACUUAUCCUAAACACAAGAUCUCGGAGAAGAAUUAGAAGAUUUAUCAUCAGAGAUAGAUAAACAUAUUUAAAGCAUCUUUGAUAAGAAUAGCUCUGUAUAUUUGAAAAUGACAAAUGAAAAUGCUGAAUUGUCAAUCAAAUUAUAAUUGGCAAAAGGAAAAAAAUUGAUUGAAUUCAUGAUACUAAUUCCAUUAGUUUUGAAAGAGUAAAACAAGGAAGAGAAAGAAAAAUUAAUAAAAGAUAUGGAAUUAAAUACAUAAAAAUAGAGAUUGGAAAAACUUGAAUAGGAAUUGAAGCAAUUAAAAUAAAGUCAAUAAUAAUAAAAUUAAUUUAAAAAAGUGACAAUGAAUGAUAUAAAUAAAGUCUAAAAAUAAGAAUAAGAACUAGAAAAAAAUAUCUAUAUAUCACGUGAAAAACUUUCAGGGUAAUUUGAAUUUGAAUUACUUAUCGCUAACGAUGAAAUUGAAUUUUAAGUUGGUAUUAUAGCAGAUGAUGAUUUGGGGAACAUUGAAAUAAAAAAACAAUCUUAUUAUGUCAUAUUACCUGAUGGAAAAUUUGCAAGAGGAAAGGUAGAGUUUGGAAACUUUUUCACUUAUAAAUUAUAAGUGGAUGACAAACUAGGAUUAAGAGUUGACACAGUUAAAAAAUUAUUUUAAUUGGUUAUAAAUGAUUAUCCUUUUCCUCCAGUCAAAAUUAGUGAAUCAAUAGAGCAAUUUUCAUUUAUUAUAAUAAGUUCUGAGGAGUUAAAUAUUUUUGCUCAAGUUCCAUAAUAAUAAUGAAUGU